AUGAUCUUCAAGCUCACCCUCGCAGCUCUUGUGUCAGCUACUCUGGUCCUCGGUCAGACUGGCUAUGCUUGUCUCAACCUAAAGGCCGAUCUGCCGAAAUCCUUGCCCGUCAAUACUCGAUCGCAGCUCUAUUUCGAACACGACAACGCUUGGUACUUUGUCCAGACCGAACGUCCUUACCCCGACAAUGUACUCGGUUUGGCCGGGAUUCAGUGCUUCUGUCUCAAGGAGUGGACUUGCUCGAGCAAAACGCCUUAUGUUCGCGGCCAUGUCAUCGACUCCUCGACCGGCAAUCCCGUCAAUAUCAACAAAGGAUGCCUCGUGUGCUAUAUCGAGGGUACCGACGGCAGAGCUUCGCCGGAUUGCGCUGGCCACUCGCCAUGCGUCGACUAUUUCUAG